GAUUAACCAUCGACCAUUGAACGAGACUGCGAACCUCAACCCCAAGAAACCUUCAUUCUUGCGCGUGCAAUAAAUCAUCAUAAUCAUCACUGGCCUUUAUUGAGAUUACGAUUCAUCUACGAAACAGGGUUUUCCGGCAGAUUUUGACAAGAGUUUGAUCUUCACAACGAUCAUCUCUCCUUGAUAAUGGCUCCCAAGAAUCUACCACCCGCAGCCAAGCAAGCAAAGAUUCUGGACUGGUUUCGAACCUCCAUGGGAGUGUAUUCCUUUAAAGAACUCGAGAAACUACUCCCAUCUGUCGGUUCGAUCAACGGCAUGCUAGUGAAAGAGUACAUCCAAGCGCUCACAGACGAGAAUCUGAUCCGUGUUGAGAAAAUUGGAAGUGGCAACUGGUAUUGGUCAUUUACCUCAGAUGCCAAGAAGAGCAAAGAAAACAUGAUCAACAAAUUGAAGGAUGAGGAAACUAAAUUGUUGGCUUCAAUUGAGGUCGCCGAACAAGAGCUUGAAAAGGAAAUGACAAAACGUCAAGAGGACGAUGAAAUGCUCCUUGAUGGUGGAUCAGACAGAGACGCUUUGAUGGACGCUUACGAGGCUCUUGUGAAGGAGAACGACGCUCUUGAUAAGGAAUUGGAGCUCUACAGUGAUAACGAUCCUGCUGAGAUCUUGCGAAAAAUGGAGGCAACGAACAAACUUAAGGAGAGCACGUUGAGAUGGACCGACAACCUUGAAUCGCUUGAAUCUUUUCUGGUCAGCUUGACGGGAGACCGAGCUCAAGCUGGAGAGAUCAUGCAUCGAGCAUGUGGUGAGGACUAUGUAGUCGGGGAAGGGUUGAAAGAACUAGCGGUCCCAAAUUAGUGGAUCCCUCGUAGCUCUACUUGCAUGGACAACCUCGAAUUAUCGGAAUGUGAUAUGAUGGAAAUGGUAUUACUGGCUUGCGAUUAUCGCUACUCGGUCUGGCCGGUAUAGCUUCAUGUUUUGUUGUUGUCAGCUUCUUCCAAAAUAUGAUAUGGAGGACAGUGUGAUCAGACAGCAAAUGGUACGGUGUGCAUCGAUGUAGACGGCUGAUCAAUCCGAACAUUAACCUUAAUCAUUCGAUUGCUUGGGAGCUGUUUGUUUGUUCGUUUGUUAUUUCCAACUCGAAAACUUGAUGAUACGUUUUUGAAACAUUAUUCAUGUUACAGAUGUGACAUGUACGCAAACCCCAACAUCUCCACUUGGCCACUUGGAAAAUUUGCUAAAUCA